AUGCUCGCCAUCCUCAACGGCGCAUCGACGUUUGGCCGCAUCGUUCCCGGCAUCCUGGCCGAUAAGUUUGGAAGGGUCAACAUCUUGGCCAUCGCCGGUCUCGUCAACGGAAUCGUCAUCUUCUGCUUUAACGAGGUCACCGGCACCGCCGGAAUCGUUGUCUAUGCCGUCUUCUUUGGGUUGACCUCGGGCAUGAUCAUUUCGGGGGCGUCCGCCGCGGUGUCGGGACCUGGGUACUUGGAUGGGCAUGGCCUUGUCGAUUUCCUCGAUCGCGGCGUUGAUAGGGCCCCCUUCAACGGGAUGCUGAUGGACCGGUAUCACGGGUACUUUGAAGUCGCCAUGUUCAGCGGCGCCAUGUGUCUCUUUGGCGGGAUCCUUGUCCUGUUCGCCAAGAAGGCCACUGGGAAGGGCAUGCUCGCCCUAAUCUGA